GACUGUGUGUUUUCUGCUUGUCCAGCUUGUCCUCCAGGCACCUAUAAGAUGUCUUCCCGGCAGCAGGAGUGUUUCUCGUGUCCGGCUAACAGUAAAGCUGAAGAGGAGGGUUCAGUGCUGUGUGUGUGUGAGGACGAUCACUUCAGGACGCCGCUGGACCCGCCGUCCGCUCCAUGCACACGCCCCCCCUCUCCUCCCCGCGAUUUGGUAUUUACCCUCAAGCAGUCUACACUCAUUCUGGAAUGGGCUGCACCAAAUGACUCUGGUGGACGGGUGGAUCUGUCGUACAGUGUGGGGUGUCGGAGGUGCGUGGGGCCCCCGAGGGCCGCUCAGCUGCAGUGUGAGGCGUGUGGAGCCAGCGUGGGCUUCGUCCCGCAGCAGAACGGUCUGACCGAACGCUCCGUUACGGUGGUAAACCUGCUGCCCAACUCCAACUACUCCUUUAGUGUGGAGGCUCAUAACGGAGUGUCGGAGCUCCUGCCCAACAAACGCUUCUACACGCAGGUCAACGUCUCCACCAGCCUGCCAGCUCCGUCUCAGAUCAGCGAGCUGCGGGUGGAGAAGGUGGAGCAGCGCAGUGUGACUCUGGUAUGGAGGGAACCCGUGGUGUUUCCCAACAGCAGCCGCACAGAAUACGAGAUCAAAUACUACGAGAAGGACCAGAAGGAUCAGAGUUACUCCACGGUGAAGACGGCCUCCACCAGGAUCAGUGUGAAUAACCUGAAGCCCAGCACCACCUAUGUGUUCCUGAUCCGCACCUGCUCCAGUCCGGCUCCGUCUGCUCUGUCCUCCUCUCCGCUGUCUUCAUCAUCAUCAUCAUCGUCCUCAUCGUCUUCAGCAUCUCCAGCUUCUCCAUCCUCCUCCUCCAGUCCGCCAGUUUCUCCUCCACCGCUGGAUUAUGGAGCUUUCAGUGCACCGCUGGAGCUGCAGACGCUUGGGGAACUGGCUCUGGCCUCCAGUGAACAGUCUCCAGUGGUGAUCAUCAUCGUGGUGUCUCUGGCCGCUCUCAUCAUGCUGCUCACACUCGGGGUGGGACUGCUCAUCUGGAGAAGGUAAAACACACACUCUCUGCACAAACACACACUCUUCAUCUGACAGAUCAGACAUCAUCCGUGUUUUACUGGGGAUGAACACACAGAAAAGUGGGAGAAACCAAAAGAGGGAAGUGUGUUUGAAGAGGGAUUUUUCCAGGAGUGUUUACAUAUCUCUGAGCUGCCAUUGGUCGUUGCCGGUG